CGGAAGAAACGAUAAAUUUAAAGUUGACAUACCUUUAAUUAAAAACAAACAAUAAUAUGAUACUAAAUUCAAGAAGAAAAACCGAUCAUCUACAAAAUAACUGUUCCAACUACGAAAAACACUGCAUCGGACAGAGUGGACGACUGCUUCAUCUUCGUCCGCACAAACAUCAAUUAACGGUCAAACACCAUGACAUAUCUUCGCUUAUAUCAAUACAUAUGGACAAAUGUAAACACACAUUCGACUGGAAAAAUAUUAAGAUCUUGGAUACAGGAAAUUCUAAAUACACCAGAGAAUCUUUGGAAGCUUGGCAUUCAAGUCAAUCAGCAAUCAACAUACACAUUGAAACCGACCCAAUCUACCAAACAAAUAGGAAAAAUCAUGGACAAAUAUAGGACCAAGAAUCAAAUCAAAGGGAGGUACAAUCAAUGUAAAGAAGUAGACAAUGAAAGAUUAAAGGUCAAC